AAGGGAUUUCUAUAAAAAUCAAUUAAAACUAUUAACAAGCAUUAUCCUGGGAAUAGUUUUUGAUUUAUUAUGUUAACGUGAUUAAAAUUUACAUAUCCGAACGGUCUUUCGGUUUGAUAAACAAUUUUUAAUAUAAAAUUUAAAUCAUAACGUAGACCCACUGUAGGUCCUAAAUUUUCCCCGGGCAUAUAUAUUGAUUUCUUAUGUUAAUGUGAUUAAAAUUUAUAAAUACAAAGUUUUAUAAACAAUUUUUAAUAUAAAAAUGAAACCAUUACGUAGACUCAUUGUAGUUCAUAAAAGAAGAAUCUAUUUAAUUUCUGAUGUAACGUAGACUUUAAUUUUUAUUUGCUAUGUGAUUAUCACUUGGUCAUCGUGUCAACGUCGUCCUUAUUAUUUGCAACGAAAUUUUCCUGCCACCAAUGACCAGCAUUGCCACCGCACAACUACGGUUAAAUCAUUCUGAAUCAAGUAUUACUGGCAGUCGCUGUCAAUCCGCCUUGAAUACUUGCAGUUUCGCCAAUUUUUCUGAACAAUAUUAAUAGUGUAAUUUAAUUAAUAGAAAAAGCAUAAUGGGGCCUUUCAAAAUGAAACUAAACUACAAAUUGAUGCCAAUGAAAUUUCAUUUUUUUCUAUUCAACGCAGGAACGGCACCGUUAGUGCCCUACCUUUCGACCUACGCACGCCAAUUGGGAUUUUCAUCAGCAACUGUAGGUCUCAUAUAUACAAUACUGCCUAUAUUUGCACUGAUAGCGAAGCCAGUUUUGGGUAUUAUUGCAGACAGGUUUAAGUUGCAGAAGAUUAUUUUUUUAUUAUUUCAAGCAAUGACAAUAGUUAGUUUCUCAGCUAUAUAUUUCAUACCAGAGAAUAGAGCGACUAAUAGCGUUCAAUUGGAUUGUGCUGAUGGUAUGACGGUGCUGAAGACCUGCCAGGACGGUGGGUCGGUGGAUCAAUGUAGAUUUAAAACUCUCAAGGAUAGUAAAAAAACAACUUGUGAGAUGAACUGUGACAUGUCGUCUCCAAAGAUGUGGCAGACUGUUUGCGAACAUUGGCAUAUACCACAAUAUUGUGACAAUGCCACUAAAAGGUUGAGAUACUCGUCACAUGUGGGUAAUAUUACGGUUAAAGAUAAAUGUGCAAAUGUGGCCACUAAAAACGUGAUUCUUGAUGGUCAUAACUACACUCCUCGCUGUCACAAAGGUAGUGGGUUCGUGAAUGUCACUACACCGUGCAGUCUGAACUGCACAAAUGAAAGACUAUCCUCAAUCGUAGGUGUUCAGAACACCACAAUGACAUGUUGGGACAACUCGCUCGAUUAUCGUUUUUGUUCUGAUAAUAUAUCUCAUUUACUAGUAAAGGAUCACAGCUUGGAGAGUGAAUGCAUGGCUUCAUGUGAGCAUAUAGAACCGUGGCAGCUUAUGGAGAUUUGUAACGGUUGGCAAUCAGAUGCUAGUACCUGUCAGCUAGAAACAAUGAUCGGGAAAGAGUUUCCAACAAACUUAUCAUUCAUUGGAAAUGUGCUACCUUCUACUGCAAUCAAGACAGACAAAUGUCUUCAUGUCCAGCUGAAUUAUAUUACCUUACCUGAUGAUUCUACAUAUUAUCCAAAAUGUACAUCAAGUGAUUUGUACCAACUGAGAACUGAACUAGUUCAUGCAUCCUGCCAAAUUAAUUGCAAAAAUAGUCUGUUGAAUGAAAUUUUUGAAGCUGCAUCAGAUAGUAGAAAUAAUACAAGCCAAUAUACAAGGGAGUUCUGGUUAUUCUUUUUGUUCAUGAUAAUCAGUUGGGUCAGCCAGUCCAUAGUGAUCACAAUAGCUGACGCUAUAUGUUUCGAACUUCUUGAUAAAAAUAUUUCCGAUUACGGCAAGCAGAGGUUAUGGGGUUCUCUUGGUUAUGGUCUGUUCUCGUUGAUCACUGGAGCUCUUAUAGACCUAUUCAGCGAUGGAGCAUACAAGAAUUAUAUUGUAUCAUUCAUACUCAUGUUUGUAUAUAUGUGCGGAGAUAUCACAGUAUCAUUAUUUGUACAAACGGAUACAAUAAAAAUGUCAUCGAAUAUUUUAUCAGAAGUUGGAACACUGAUGGCCUCUUCAGCAACAAUUGUAUUCUUGCUGUGGGCGACGGUAGUCGGUAUCUGUACCGGUUUCAUAUGGCAGUUUCUUUUCUGGCAUCUAGAAGACAUAGCGGCUCAGAGCUGCGAUGGAUCUGAUUACAUAAAAACACUGGAAGGCAUAGUUACUGCGGUACAAUCAUUUGGUGGAGAGAUACCUUUUUUAUUCGUAUCGGGGUAUGUACUAAAAAAGGUUGGACAUAUAAAUAUGAUGAGCCUGGUGCUGUUCGCGUUCGGUGUGCGGUUCCUGCUGUACUCUGUGCUCAGUAAUGCGUGGUGGGUGCUGCCCAUAGAGAUGCUGCAGGGCAUCACCUACGGCAUGUUCUACCCCGCCAUGACGUCUUACGCAAAGAUGGUAUCGCCUGAUGGCACAGAAACCACUGUCCAG